GUCAUGGUCAAGGAGAGCAAAAGCAAACGGCUCAAGGCGAAACCCGAGCGCCGCGAGAAGCCCGCGGCGUCACGGCCUUUGGCGCCCCGCCCGGCGAGGCGUUGGACGUGGAGCUUAGGGUGCUUGGUGCUCUUGCAGGCCCUGGCCGUUCUGGCUGUCUGGCCUUCGACUGAGCUGCCGCGACCGGCACUUCCCGCGCGCGAGCCGCACGUGGCAGUCCCCGCAUCUAGUGAGGCGCCCGCGCCGCCGGUGACGGCCGUCGCGGCGCCUGGAGUGGACUUCGGCGGCGAGACGCCGGGUGAAGGCGACAUCGCCGCGCUGGUGAUCGCCACUGGACGAAAUGUCCAGAGCCUCCAGAAGACCUUACGGUCGUUGCUCCGCGCCGGCUUUGGCACCAACGCCGUGCUGGUCUCCCAGAGCGCGCCAGGCGAAGCGUCUCGGGAGCUCUGCGGAGACCUGGGCAUCGCCUGGGCCGGGCCCUCGCCCCACCUGGACGUGGCGACCUUCGACGGCGAGGCCGAUCCGUGGGUUCACUACGGGAGAUCCUUGGAUCACGCCAAGAAGCACUUCGCAGAGCGGGACUUCCGCUCUCUCUUCAUCGCCGAGGAAGACUUGAUCUUCUCGAAUGGCCUCCACAGCUACUUGGCGCAGCUGCAUCCCUUGCUCUUCAAGGAUUCCAGCCUGUGGUGCAUCAGUGCCUACAGCGACUUGAGCCUGGCACCCUUUGCCCGAGACGUGUCGGUGAUGCUGAGGACUUCGUGGUUCUCGGGGCGAGCGUGGAUGGUGAGCUUCAAGAAGAUCGUCGAGGUGAUUUUGCCUCACUGGUCACUCCAGCAACGCUGGCGGCCCCUUCUCCGGCAGCUGGCUGCAGAAGCGCAGCAGGAUUGCCUGGUGCCAGAGGUCUCGAGAGCGGCCUUUACGGGCUAUCUCUGUGACAGCGCUGGAAUCCCUGGGCAAUGCGAUGAGGAAGAGGUGGAGAGUCGCCGCGGCGCGCCCCUGGCGCUGCUGGCGCGGGGGCGGUGCAGCUUGGGCGAGGUGCAGCGGCUGGCGAAGGAGAGGUACGACGAGCUGUUGCGCUUUGAGUGGCCCCAGGCGGGUGCCUUGGCUCAGGCGUCCACGGUGGCGACGGUGGAGCAGCUUUAUCAAGAUGCCUCUACGCCUCUGUUGCUGGUGGUGAAUGAGACCAAGGACGUCGCCGAGUGCCACUCUUGGAGUACUUCGGCCUCGGAAGCACCCCCGACAGGGGCCCGCGGAACAGCUACCAUGGCCUGGUGCGCUUGCGGUGGCGGGAUACCGUGCUCUACCUGGCCGGCAGUUCUUCCCCGUUUUUGA